GCAGCCUCUCUUGAAUGGAUUUAUUCGGCAGCGAACUUUCAAUGUAUUGACGCUAUAAAGCCUCACUGACCAACUCCUACCUGCUCUCUCUACCUCCUCUUGAUAACUACGAUAUCUUCGAUAAACCUCCACCACCACACUCACCACCAACACGAAAAAUGGAUCCAUCGCAUCACCAUCCACCGACCGCCCCAGUGGCUGGUCCCAACAAUAACUGCAAAUCCAUCUUGCACUCGGGGUCCUCACCGGAUUCGAACAACAGCAGCAUGCACAACAUGCCGAUGGGCUUCAUCGCCUCCACCGUAACGCUGCUUUACGGCCGCGCCUUCGUCCCAUCCAGCUUCGGCGACUACGUGGGCAUCUGCAUCUUCCUCAUCCUCCUCGGCUUCACUGCCCGCCUCUUGAUCGCGUUGAAACACGUCAUGGAGAGGCGCUGGACGGUGCACGAAAACAAUCGCCGCGCCCAAUACUACCUGUCGAGUGACCUCUCGCAUCAGACGAAGUGGACGUGCUCCGGAAUCUGGGCGCGGCCCCAUGGCAGGAGCUCCAUGGAGUGGUGCGACCUCAUACGUGCGCUGAUGAUGACGGUAAUCACGGGAGUCGAGUUUCUACUCAUGUUGGCCGUCAUGACGUACAAUGUGGGAUAUAUCUUUAGUGCUCUGGCUGGCAUCUUCAUCGGCGAACUGCUUUGGGGAAGGUUCAUUGUCGAGUCGGAGGACUGACCCUCGGCGAGAGCACCGUUUCGAUGGAAUUUGAUGCUGAACUGUGUUCUGUUGAGAGAUUUCGGUUGCGAAUACACCACGGCAAUCUGUUAUAUGUGCCUUUCUGCGAUGUUAUAACUUCUGUGAUGGAUGAACCACGACGACGGAUUCCGUGAGAGUACGGGAAACACGGUGGAGUCGCCCUUUUGGAAGGAGAAUGUGUGUGUACCGUGGGUGAGGAUGUUCCAGGGAAUGGGGGCUCCAAAGGCGAGCCGCACUCUCUAAUAGUCCAAUUAAAGGGACCUACGUGCGAGUUCCUCCGUGACUCGCCCCCUCCUGACAGUCGCUGUUGCGCAAUCGCAGACCUUCACAGCAUGCUCUCAUUCGCACUCGUUUGU